UGUGUGGUGCUAUCGUCGGAAAGUUUCGAUUUUUUAGUCCUUUUGGAAUUAACAGGCGAAUUUUUCUGAUGGGUUUGAGCUGUUAUGCAUUUUUUUUUGUUUGUUUGUGCAAAUUUUCAUGAUGGGUAGCGGUGAGGAGGUUGAAUCUGAGAACUUCAUUGGAUUUGCCUUGAGUUGACUUCUAGGGAUGCGGAAGAUUACAGAUAAAUCUGAUGAUAGGACCAGUGGGGUUGUGAAUCAAUGCUUGUUGGGAAGUUGGAAUGCUCAACAUGCUUAAAUAUCUGGUCUGUCAGAUUUGAAGCAAGAAUGGACCUCUUUACUAGAGACAUAAAUGAGGACUCCAUGCUUAGAUGUCCAUUCUUGAGGAACAUCAAUGAGCCUACUAACUUCUCAUUCUCUUCACCUUUGGCUUUAUCAAUGCCUGUUCGUGGAGCUAAAGGUCCAAUUUUUGAAGAUGGUCCCAAUUUUGAUUUGGCAUUUAGGCUUUUUCACGGGAGUGAUGGUGUAGUACCCUUAUCUGACAGAUCUUUUCGGCAUUCAGAGAAAGUAAAGCCAGAGCCUCCCAAAUCCCAAUUCAAUCCUUUAGCUGCAAAGGCAGCAACUAUUAGUCUGUCAUCAUUUGGAUUUGGUGGGCAUUUCGGUUUUGAUGCAUUUUCUGAGAAAUGGAACAACCAGAAGAAAAAAUCCAAAUCAUCAAAAAAUGAACCUUCAUCAAAGGAUGGUUCUAAGCACGAGGCAGGUAAUGACUGGCUGCAAAAUGGGAACUGCCCAAUCGCAAAGUCUUACCGUGCAGUUAGUAACGUCCUUCCACUUGUUGCAAAGGUUAUUCAGCCUCCUCCAGGGAUAAAAUACAAGUGCCCACCAGCUGUGGUUGCAGCACGGGCAGCUAUAGCACGCACUGCAUUUGCAAAGAACCUCCGCCCUCAGAACCUGCCUACAAAGGUUCUUGUGAUUGGGAUGCUGGGCAUGGCAGCUAAUGUUCCAUUGGGUAUAUGGAGAGAACAUACUAAGAAAUUUUCACCAGCAUGGUUUGCUGCAGUCCAUGCAGCUGUUCCAUUCAUAGGAAUGCUAAGGAAGUCUGUCUUAAUGCCUAAAUCAGCUAUGGCAUUUACUAUUGCAGCAUCAGUGUUAGGCCAAGUAAUUGGUUCAAGAGCUGAAAGGUACAGGAUGAAAGCAGUUGCUGCAAGAAAGGUGUCUAUAACAGAAACCUCUGGUGUUGGUCCAAUCCAGUUACCAGUGCCUGAAACAAAAGACAAGCAUUGCAGUGAUGCUGUGGACUGGAAUGCAGUUUCUCUUCAGCUGGCAGCAACUUCAUCAACUGAUGUAUUUGGUUGAUGAUUUAUAUGUUGUGUGUGUGUAAUUUGUCUCUCUUCUGAGUGUAAUUUGUUACAACUUUUUUGGUGCUCCCAUUUCACUCUGAGUGCCUCAGUUGGCAAUAAUAAAAGUAUUGAUGUUUUUUCACUUAGAUUAUUUUCCUUAUUUACUUUUUCUCAAGUAUGUUCAAACAUAAAUAAGAAAAAGCCAAUGCAAAACUAGUGAGUGUUGGCUUUAUUUGCUCGUGUCAUCAA